CUUAUAAGUUAUUGACAUAUAAAGAGAGAGUGUUAGAGAGAGAAGCUAUCAACUUAUUAGCAACAAGGAGAGGCCAGAAUUGCUCUCAAAUCCUCAAAAAGUGCCAAAAAUGCCCCCAAGAUCAGGAAAAGGGAAAUCAAACAAAGCAAAGGCAGAGAAGAAGAAAAAGGAAGAGAAAGCGGCAACAGCACCUUCUCUUGUUGACAUCACUGUGGUCACUCCAUAUGACACAGAGGUUGUCUUAAAGGGUAUCUCUACCGAUAAGAUACUGGAUGUGAGAAAAUUGUUGGCUGUCAAGGUGGAGACAUGCCAUUUCACAAACUAUUCUUUAUCUCAUGAGGCCAAAGGGGAGAGAUUAAGUGAUAGAGUGGAGGUUGUUACCCUUAAGCCAUGUCUUCUAAGAAUGGUUGAAGAGGAUUACGCAGAGGAAGCCCAAGCAAUUGCGCACGUGCGGAGGCUCUUGGACAUUGUGGCCUGCACAACAAGGUUCGGUAGGCCCAAACGUGGAUCACCAAACCCAGAAACAAAGCCCAAGAAGAACGGUAAGGCCCAACAUCAGAGCAAGACGGGCUCGAGUGUGAGCCCACCGGAGACACCGAAUGGGGAAUCCCGGGUGGGGUCACCGUCGUCGUCGGAGCCUCCGUCGCCGAUCUCCGACAACGUGGGGAUGAAGGCGAUUCACACGACGCCGAAGCUCUCCGAUUUCUACGAGUUCUUCUCUUUCUCUAACCUCUCUCCCCCCAUUUUACAUUUGAAGAGGUGUGAAGUGAAGGAUGAAGAAGAUAAGCGCAAAGGGGGUUUCUUUCAGCUUCAGGUUAAAAUAUGCAAUGGAAAGGUGAUAGAAGUGGUUGGUUCAGAGAAAGGGUUCUACACUGUAGGGAAGCAGUCUCUGCGCAGCCACACUUUGGUUGAUCUUCUGCAACAGCUCAGCAGAGGCUUUGCUAACGCAUAUGAAUCAUUGAUGAAAGCUUUUUUGGAACGUAAUAAGUUUGGAAAUCUUCCAUAUGGAUUCCGAGCAAAUACAUGGCUUGUUCCUCCAUCUGUUGCCGAGUCUGCUUCAAAUUUUGUGGCAUUACCCACUGAGGACGAAAACUGGGGUGGCAAUGGUGGUGGCCAAGGAAGAAAUGGCGAAUUUGAUCAUAGACCAUGGGCAACAGAUUUUGCAAUAUUGGCCUCUCUUCCUUGCAAAACUGAGGAGGAGAGAGUGAUCAGAGAUAGAAAAGCAUUUCUCCUUCACAGUCAAUUUGUUGAUGCCUCAAUAUUUAAGGCUGUUGCGGCUAUACGGCAUGUCCUGGAAUCAAAAUCAGACAUGAAGAAUGAAUUGAAUUCUUCUCCAGGUUCUAUUCUGCAUGAGGAUCACGUGGGGGACUUGUCCAUUGUAGUCAAACGUAGCAUCCAGAAUGGAAAUAGAAAGUAUGAUUCUGUUGUGGAUGAAUCCAGCAUCCGCAAGGAGGAUGCUCAGAAGAAUUUGAUCAAAGGGUUGACUGCAGAUGAAAGUGUAAUUGUUCAUGAUACUUCUUCCUUGGCUGUUGUCGUUGUACACCACUGUGGAUAUACUGCAACAGUAAAGGUUGUGGGUAAUGUGAACAUGAAGAAGCCCAAAGUUCGAGAUAUUGAAUUAGAUGAUCAGCCAGACGGAGGGGCAAAUGCUCUCAACGUCAACAGUUUGAGGCUACUGCUUCACAAGUCUGGAGGUGAGUCAUUAGAAAGGACUUUAUCAUCCGUAUCAAAUUCGGAUGACCUAGAUGCUUCUAAAAGUCUAGUUAGGAAGGUGGUUCAAGAAUGCAUGGAAAAGAUAAAGGAGGAGCCAAGUGUUUCAAGAAGGUUUAUUCGAUGGGAACUUGGCUCCUGUUGGAUGCAGCAUUUGCAAAAACAGGAAACUUCAACAGAUAACAGUUCAAAAAACAAAGAAGAUGGCAAUGACAUUGAGCAAGCUGUCAAAGGUCUGGGAAAGCAAUUUAAAUUUUUGAAGAGGAGAGAGAAGAAAUUAGAUAAUCUACAUGGUGCAGAUUCCAGGGAGCAAAAUGACGCUACCCAUAAAGUUGAGCAGAACAAUGAUGACUUAAGUAACUCUAAUGAAUUAGAGAAACUACUUUCUGAAGAAACAUUUUUGCGUCUCAAAGAAUCAGGAACUGGUCUUCACAGAAAGUCAGUGGAUGAGCUUAUCAGCAUGGCAGACAAGUUUUAUGAUGAAAUUGCCUUGCCGAAACUGGCUAUGGACUUUGGAUCACUUGAACUUUCUCCAGUGGAUGGGCGUACACUGACUGACUUCAUGCAUUUGAGAGGAUUACAGAUGCGAUCAUUGGGUAAAGUGGUUAAACUUGCAGAGAAUCUUCCACACAUUCAAUCCCUCUGCAUUCAUGAGAUGGUUACUCGAGCUUUCAAGCAUCAACUUAAAGCAGUUAUUGCCUCUGUUGAUAAUGUAGCUGAUCUCUCUGCAGCCAUUGCGUCAACACUGAAUUUUUUACUUGGCGGGUGUCAAACAGAAGAUACUGACCAAAGUUUGAGUGAUGAUCAUAAUCUCAGAAUUCAGUGGUUACGAAUAUUUUUGUCCAAAAGAUUUGGGUGGACAUUGAAUGAUGAAUUUCAACAUUUGAGGAAGUUAUCGAUUCUCAGGGGACUCUGUCAUAAGGUUGGAUUGGAAUUGUUCCCAAGAGAUUAUGAGUUGGACUCCCAUAAGCCCUUUGGGAAAAAUGAUAUUAUCAGCCUGGUUCCCGUUUGCAAGCAUGUAGGGUGCUCCUCAAUAGAUGGACGCAAUUUAUUGGAAUCUUCUAAAAUUGCUCUUGAUAAAGGAAAGCUCGAGGAUGCCGUAAAUUAUGGAACAAAGGCAUUAGCUAAGAUGAUGGCUGUUUGUGGCCCCUAUCACCGAAAUACAGCAAGUGCGUAUAGUCUUCUAGCUGUGGUUCUCUAUCACACUGGAGAUUUUAAUCAGGCCACUAUUUAUCAGCAAAAGGCAUUGGAUAUAAAUGAGAGGGAGCUUGGACUUGACCACCCGGACACAAUGAAAAGCUAUGGGGAUCUUUCUGUUUUUUAUUAUCGUCUACAACACAUUGAGUUGGCUCUGAAGUAUGUUAAUCGUGCUCUAUUCCUUCUCCAUUUUACAUGUGGGCUGUCUCAUCCAAACACAGCUGCAACAUAUAUAAAUGUAGCUAUGAUGGAAGAGGGCAUGGGAAAUGUUCAUGUAGCACUCAGAUACUUGCAUGAAGCUCUUAAAUGCAACAAAAGAUUGUUAGGAGCAGAUCAUAUACAGACUGCUGCAAGCUAUCACGCCAUAGCUAUAGCUCUUUCAUUGAUGGAUGCAUAUUCUCUGAGUGUGCAACAUGAGCAAACUACACUAAAGAUACUUCAAGCAAAACUUGGAUCAGAAGACCUCCGUACACAGGAUGCUUCCGCAUGGCUUGAAUAUUUUGAAUCAAAAGCCAUAGAGCAGCAAGAAGCAGCUAAAAAUGGAACUCCAAAGCCUGAUGCAUCCAUUGCAAGUAAAGGACACCUUAGCGUGUCAGAUCUCCUGGAUUUUAUUAGUCCUGACCCAAAAGGAAACGAUGCUCAGAGGAAACAGAGGCGUGCAAAGAUACUCCCAACAAGUGAUAGCAUCCGUCAAGAACAUGAUGAUGCAAUUGCUGAUGAGAGCAUACAUUUUGAUAACCCAAAAGAUGCUCCAAGUAUGGUAGAAGGCAAUAUAGAAGAAACAAAUGGCACAAUUGAUUCUCAAGUACCGAAAGAAAAUGGUGACUUCACUAGGUACAGGCCAGUGACAAGGGAAGUUGUUUCUGAGACAUCAUCUGAUGAAGGUUGGCAAGAAGCCAAUUCAAAAGGGCGGUCAGGAAAUGCUGCUAACCGCAGCAAGUUUGGACGUAGAAAGCGACCAGUUCUAUCAAAGCUCAGCAUUAAUGGUUCCAAUAAUUACCUUUACAAGGAUGGAAGUUCUAGGAAUGACAUUACCUCGCCACCACAAAGAGGAGUUCCAAAAGUCAUGUCAGAUAUGUCAUCUCCAUCUAGACAACCAAAAGCUCGAAACGUAGCUUUGAACGAGGAUUCUGUUAAUCAUCCAACAAGAGCUUCUAAAAUUUCAUCUCCAGCAUCUCUAAAUUCCUUGGCUUCAAAGUCUAUAUCUUACAAAGAAGUGGCUUUGGCACCACCAGGUACAGUUUUGAAGCCAUUGUUGGAAAAGGCUGAGAUGGACAAGGCUAAUGCUGAAGAUGAGAUAUGCAGCAGUCCAGCUGUGACAUCAACAAAUGAAGGCACCUGCCAAAGUUCCAUUAUUAAUACAGUUUCUCAGCAUGAUGAAACAGAGGAAUCUCAUGAAAUUGAACCUAAACAAAAUUCUACAUCAGAACAUGAGAAGGUUUCCCUUGCUUUUGAUCAGGCAAAACCUACUGAAACAAAUGGAAGUAAGCUUUCAGCUGCAGCCAAACCGUUCAAUCCAGGAAUGUUGUCCAUGUCUCAUCAUUUAAAUUCAGUUUCCCUCACAAGCAUGUAUGAUACAGAUGUUAGUCAAGGCAUGCACGUGGAGCCUGUGCUUCCCCCUGCUGUUGCUAGGGUCCCUUGUGGGCCUAGAUCACCUCUAUAUUACAGAACCAACUAUACUUUUCGCAUGAAACAUGGUUUUGCUAAAUGCCAAACCCCUAUUAGGGAAAGAAGUGGAUUUGGCUCUCCAAGAGUAAUGAAUCCACAUGCUCCUGAGUUUGUUCCCAGAAGUGCUUCUCAAAUAGAAACCAAUGAUGUCAAUUCAAAUGAUUUGUCUGAGGUAGGCAUGGCAGAAAAAAAUAAGCUUGAUGAAAACUUUGUUGAAAUCAAAGAAAGUUCCUCAAAAAACAGUAUUUCUGAAUCUGAGAAGUCUGAGAUAGGGAGACAGAUAUUGCUCAGUCUUCUAGUGAAAUCUGUCAAGGAUAAUAUUGAUUCUGUGGAUGAAUCUAAGGAUGGUGAAGGAAAAAUUGAGAACUUGGAAAGUUGUUCUGAUGAAAUAGCCAAAGACAGUGCUGUCAUAAACAUUAAGUAUGGAAAUGAAGAAAAGAAUAAGACGGUGCCUCAUUCCAGUGAUGGUGGUGAGGAAGAGAAAUUAGGUGUUACUGAGAAAAAGAAUGGAGAUGGUGAAGGGUUUAUAGUUGUCUCAAAGAGGAGGAAAAACAGGCAGAAGAUCACAAAUGGAGUCACAGAAUUGUACAACCAACAGUCCAUCUGUGCUUCAGUUCGUUGAAUAGAGUUAUGUUAUGAAAUGAAUAACCGAUAUUCUCUCUCCAUCUGAGUAUUUAAUUCCAUGGCCUAGAAUUUUGGUCAUUCAAUUCAUUUUGUUUUUGUCCAUAUAAUAAAUCCGUUCAGGAUUUGUUUAUUCUCUAUAUAGUAAGUUUCGUUCUGAUACUUAAAAAUUUUGUUUCAAUAAAAAGCUGAUUGGCAACUCCAUUUUAGUAUUAUUGUUGUUAAUUUCUGUGGA